CACUCCCUCUGGCCCAGUGCCCCCUGCCAAGCCCUACCCCACUCCCUGCAACCCAGUGCCUCUCCCCCACCCCGAGGCCUGCCCCACUCCCUGUGGCUGAGUGCCCUCUGCUGAGUCCCCGCCCCGCUUCCUGAGGCCCAUCGCCACCAUCCCACCUCAGGCCUUGUUCCCUGUGGCCCAGCGCCCCCCGCUGAGCCUGCUUCCUGCGGCCCAGUGCCCCCUACUGAGCCCCUACCCCCCUUCUUGCGGCCCAGUGCCCCCUGCUGAGUGCCCGCCCUGCUCCCUACAGCCCAGCGCCCCCCACCUCUCUCCCUGCGGCCCGGCUGUCCUAACGCAUCCCCACCCCGCUUCCUGCGGCCCAUUGCCCCCUGACGUGUCCCCAUCCUGCUUCCUAAGGCCCAGCGCCCCCCACCCUUCUCCCUGCGGCCCAGCGCCCCCUAGCGCUCUGGCUCUCUCUGGGCUGUGAUGCCUAAUCCCUGCUAAUCCCUGCUGGAUCCCGGCAGUGUCUGUCCUUGGAGCAAGCAGCAGGGGCUGGAGGGGCCUGGCCCUGGGCAGAGGAGAGGGCGCCAUGAGCUGGCCGGGCGAGACUUGGCAGGAGGGGCUGCCGGCACGGGCACUGCAGGGGGUGAGGGAGCUGGAGCAGCGCCUGGAGUGGGCCCACAAGGAGCGGCUCCAGAAGCAAGCACAGCUGGACACACUGGAGGCUGCGCUACACAAGCAGAGGCAGAAGCAUGAGGAGGAGCGUGACACAUGGGCGCUGCUGGCCCGAGAGCGGCGGGACCUGGCUGAGGCCUGCGAGCAGCAGGAGCGUAAGCACCAGCAACUGAGCCGGGAGCUCCAGGCCAAGGGGGCGCAGCUGAGCCAGCUGGAGGGGCAGCUGGGCCGGGCUGCCCAGCGCAUUGAGGAGCUGGAGGAGGAGCUGCGGAGGUGCCAGGCAGAGCUGGAUAACCUGCGGUCAAGCACCAACUUUACCCAUUGCUGGGCCCCCCAGAAGGAAGGGGCUGAGCUGGGCACUUGGGCGCAAAACCCCAGACUAGAGAACAGACCCCGAACACCCAGCAUGAGAUUGCAGCCCAGCAGCCCCAAGUUGGGGGAGGAGCCGCUCGUACAUCGAGGGGCUGCCUGGCACAGUGUCCCUCCUGGUGGCCCUGCCCCCACAGAAGACAGUCAGAGGAUCCCAUCCCAUAGGGAGGAACCUAGAGAGGAGAAUUCAGGGCUGGGGCGCGGACCCCCUGACGUGGAGGCCUGGGAAUUGAGGGGGGGACUGCAGUCAGUGCAGCGGGAGUUGGCCCAGUGCACAGAGCAGCGUGACCAGGCAGUCGCUAAGGUGAGUGCCCUGGAACGGCGGGUGCAGCAGCUGUUGGAGGAGUUGAGGGGCCAGAGGCAGAGAGCAGGGGCCGCGCAGCGCCGCCUGGAGCAGCAGGAAAGGGAGCACCGGCAGGAGCUGGCAGAGCUGGAGAGGCACCAUCGGGAAGUGCUGGAGCAGCAGGGUACCCGGUCGAAUAUCCCUGCGCCCCCCCACCGCCCACCAAAUAAGGGCCUGGGGGGAUCGGAGCAGGAGCGGCACCCCCCAGGCUGUGUCCGGCGCAGCCUCAGCACCUCCCGGCUGGAGCGGGUGCCCGAGAAACGAGGGGCAGCUGGGAAGGUCAGAGGUUCCUCAGCACAGGGUCCCCGAGCCGUGGGCAAGCUGGUGCCCGGUGGGGAGCGGGGCUGGGAGCCAGAGCCCGCCCCAGAGCUGCAGGCCCUGAGGGCUGAGGUGUUGGGGCUGCGCCGGCGCCUGGCUGCCUCUGAGAGCCUGCGCAAGGGGCUGCUGGAAACCUGCUGGCAGCUGCGCCAAGGCGCCCGGGACCUGGCUGGGGAGCGCCGGGCACUGGCCGAGAUGCUGCCGGCCCAGGAUGCCACCAUGCAGCGCAAGGAGGCGGCCCAGGAGCUGCAUGGGGCACCAGGGCCCAGCCCGGCCAAAGGGGAGGGGAGGGAACUGCAGGCCCUGGCUGUGGAGUUGGAGGCUCAGGUCUGGGGGGCACCAGGGCCCGGCCUGCCUCGGGGGGAUGCUCAGGAGGUGGGGGAGCUGCAGGUGCUGCGGGGGGAGUUGAGGGCCCUGGCCCUGGGCAAGGCUGAGGCAGAGGCCCAGGCGGCCCAGGCCCAGGAGCGGCUGCGGCGGCUCCAGGAGACAUUGGGGUUGCAGACAGAGCGGCUGGCACUGGCCUGUGAGGCCCAGAGCCAGCAUGUGGCAGAGCUGCUGACGGAGGGGUAUGAGCGGGAGCGGGAGCUGGAGCGCCUGGGCCAGGCGCUGGGGGAAGCGGGCCGGGUCCGCGGGCUGCUGGAGGCUGAGGUGGGGCACCUGCGGGUGCUGCUGGGUGGGGAGACGCCUCCCACCCCUCUCCCUGAGCCACCUCCCACAUUCCCAGAGCCUGGCCCCAUUGAGCCAACCCCCACAGUCCCAGAGACCGGCCCCACUGAGCCGCCCCCCACAGUCCCAGAGUCCAGCCCCCCUGAGCCACCUGCCACCAGCUCCGCUGAGCCACCCCCCCCAGUCCCAGAGCCCGGCCCCGCUGAGCCGCCCCCCACAGUCCCAGAGCCCGGCCAUGCUGAGCCGCCCCCCACAGUCCCAGAGUCCAGCCCCCUUGAGCCGCCUGCCACCAGCUCCGCUGAGCUGCUCCCCACAGUCCCAGAGUCCAACCCUCCUGAGCCACCCCCCACAGACCCAGAGCCCAGCCCCCCUGAGUCACUCCCCACAGUCCCAGAGCCCAGCCCCCAUGAGCUGCCUCCCACAGUCCCAGAGCCACUUACUGCCAUCCCCUCUAAGCUGCCUCCCAUAGCCCCAGAGUCUGGCCCCCCAAGGUUGGCCACCCCCACCCCUGCUGAGCUGCCCCUUCCCCUGGAGUUGCCUCUCAGUGCCCUGGAGUUGGCUGUGGUUAGCAAGAUGUGGGAUCCCUCCACAGACCUGCCCCUGCUGGCGGGGAAGCAGGCCUGGCACAGUGAGCGGGCACAGCUGCAGAAUAUCCUGUGGGAACUACAGAAGUCGACAAGCCAGGCUGGAGUGCAGGAGCAGCUGGAGGAGGCGCUGUCCCAUCUGCUACAGGAGAACCGGGCCCUGCAGGCUGAGCUGGCGCUGUGGCAAUCUCAUGCCCGAGAGGAAUGUAUCAUGCCUGCCACGGGAGACGGACAACACCAGGGGACCUCAGCCACCCCCACUGCAACACCUCUAGGGGACAGAGGCCAGGGGGACCUUGCUUAUGUUCUCCGGACUGCCUGGCCAGGGGCACAGGAUGCCCAGACCCAGACGGAGGGGCCGGCGCCAGGCCAGCAGCGCAGGGAGCUCAUCUCGGCAGCCUUCGACCACACUCAGUAUGAGCCCUAUGGGCUGCCUGAGGUCGUCAUGAAAGGUUUUGCCGACAUCCCCUCCGGCCCCUCCUGCCCCUAUGUCCUUCGGAGGGGGCUCCUGGGCAGCACUCCCUUGGCCCAGCUGGCACCCAAAGCUGAGCCGGAGGAGGAUCCCGCUGAAUCUGAUAUGGGCACCAGUGUCUGAGAGCAUCUGCUGGCUUGGGUGGCAGAAAUGUCCCACUCCCACACCCCCGCUACAAAGAUCCCUGAACUUGCCUGGAGCUCCCCAGCUGCUAUGUGGCACCUUAUGGCUGAGAAGGGGAGUCCUUCCCCCGCUCCCUUCACAGGCUGGACAUGCGUAACCCUCUGGGAUUUAUUUUACAACCUGGCUUCCUUAAGGUGCUAAAAAUUGUGGAUCCUACAGCUCAAUGGGCUCAGAGCUGCUCAAUGCCCCCCUCCCUGCACACAAGGAAUGGGGCAGCUCAAUGAAUGGGGUAAAUUGGAAUCUCUGUCACCUUCUCCCCCCCCCCCCCCACCCACGCACACAGUUUGAAGGGAGUUAAGCCCUCUCUUCAUGGCUCAGGGAAUCAAAGGGUGGGUUGUGUCCACCCACCCAAAGUUUGGAGGAGCUACUGUGUUGAGUCAUCCCCCCUGAGAGGGCCACAGCAGAAGUGGCUCAGAAAGGGGGUGGUGCAGUGCAGGGAGUCUCCCUCCAGCCCCCAGCUCUGGGGUUUGUAUGUAACUCUGUCUCCCCCGGCCCCAAUAAAGUUCCUUG